AUGGCUCCUAAGAAACCAGCCGAAAAAUCCAAAAAGGCCAUCGCCAUUGGCGAAGCCCUUACGGCGAAGAAGAGUGUUGAGAAGACUUCUCAUAAUAAAAUUAAGAAGAAGCCCCGUACUUCUACGACAUUCCGUCGUCCCAAGACGCUCCGUCUUCCCAGAGUACCCAAGUAUCCGCGUAAAUCCAUUCCUCACGCACCUCGCCUGGACCAAUACAAGAUCCUAAAGAAUCCUCUAAACACCGAAUCCGCAAUGAAAAAAAUAGAGGAUACAAAUACGCUCGUUUUCAUUGUUGACACUCGGGCCAACAAACGUCAAAUCAAAGAAGCGGUGAAGAAGUUAUAUGAUGUUGACGCCCAGAAAAUCAAUACCCUGAUAAGACCUGAUGGAACAAAGAAAGCUUACGUUCGCCUCACCACCGACAUGGAUGCCUUGGAUAUCGCGAACAAGAUUGGAUUCAUCUAG